UGGACAGAGAGAUAAAGAGAGAAGAAGCCACAAUGAGAGAGCAAAUAAGGAAGCAAAUAAGGGCGGAAUAUCAGGAAGUUAAGGAAAAGUAUGACUUGCCACAAAUCCAUGCAGAGGGAAAAAUGGGAGCAAGACAGAAGAAAGAGAUGAAAAAGGAAGACCAGUGUGUUAUGCCAGAACAGGAUGAGCAGAUAUCAGAGAACAAUAUGGAAACUGCUGACAUAGAAACAGAGGAGAGAGAAGAAGAGAUGAUUAGUCAAUUGGAGGACAGCAACAAAUCACUAGAACUUGACAAGGAGGGGGUGGAGAAGCUGAAUGCAGAGGAAAAUAAGCAACAUGAGAACAAGAAAGAUCUUAAAAUGUCAAGUGAAGGUGAGAACAAAAUGAAACCUAAAGAGACACAGGGCCAGGCAAAUAGAGAAAAGAAACAGGGAGAGAAGAAGAAUGUGAGUUUCACAGACGCUCUUGAGAAAGGAAAAGUUGAAAUGGCGGAGGAGGACAAAAAAGAGAAGAAAAAUAAGAAACAGAAAGGAUCCUUCCUUGGCUCCCUCAUUAAGAAAGCCAAGGACUGGCACUCACAAGAAUCAGAGCACCAGAGGAAACAACUGCAACAGAAGCAGCAGCACCAACAGGAGAUGCUGCAGCAGCAGGAACAACAGCAGCAGCAGCAGGAACAACAGCAACAGCAGCAGCAGCAACAACAGCAGCAGCAUCAGGAGGAGGAGCAGCAGCAGGAGGAGGAGGACCAAAAGGAGGAGCAGGAGCCAUUGCCAACUCCUGCAAAGUGCAAAGACUUUUCCAUCUUCUGCGCAAUGGGGACUGCUGCAGCCCCGGCAGCUACAGCACCAGCUGCUUCAAAACAGCACCAGCAGCAGCAGCAGCAGCAGACACAACAGUUGGACAGAGAGAUAAAGAGAGAAGAAGCCAGAAUGAGAGAGCAAAAAAGAAAGCAAAUAUAUAAAUUGGAAUAUCAGAAAUUUAUUAACAAAGAGGAGGAGGUGAAGAGGGAACCUACAGCACCAGCUGCUUCAAAACAGCACCAGCAGCAGCAGCAGCAGCAGACACAACAGUUGGACAGAGAGAUAAAGAGAGAGGAAGCCAGAAUGAGAGAGCAAAUAAGGAAGCAAAUAAGUGCGGAAUAUCAGGAAUUUAAGGAAAAGUAUGACUUGCCACAAAUCCAUGCAGAGGGAAAAAUGGGAGCAACACAGAAGAUGGAGAUGAAAAAGGAAGACCAGUGUGUUAUGCCAGAACAGGAUGAGCAGAUAUCAGAGAACAAUAUGGAAACUGCUGACAUAGAAACAGAGGAGAGAGAAGAAGAGAUGAUUAGUCAAUUAGAGGACAGCAACAAAUCACUAGAACUUGACAAGGAGGGGGUGGAGAAGCUGAAUGCAGAGGAAAAUAAGCAACAUGACAAAAAGAAAGAUCUUAAAAUAUCAAGUGAAGGUGAGAACACAGAGACACAGGGCCAGGCAAAUAGAGAAAAGAAACAGGGAGAGAAGAAGAAUGUGAGUUUCACAGACGCUCUUGAGAAAGGAAAAGUUGAAAUGGCGGACAAAAAAGAGAAGAAAAAUAAGAAACAGAAAGGAUCCUUCCUUGGCUCCCUCAUUAAAAAAGCCAAGGACUGGCACUCACAAGAAUCAGAGCACCAGAGGAAACAACUGCAACAGAAGCAGCAGCACCAACAGGAGCUACUGCAGCAGCAGGAACAACAACAGCAGCAGCAGGAACAACAGCAGCAGCAGCAACAACAACAGCAGCAUCAGGAGGAGGAGGACCAAGAGGAGGAGCAGGAGCCAUUGCCAACUCCUGCAAAGUGCAAAGACUUUUCCAUCUUUUGCACUGCUUCAAAGCAGCAGCAGCAAAAACAGCAGCAGGAGCAGCAGCAGCAACAGCAGCAGCAGGAGAAGGAAAGCCAAGAGGAGGAGCAGAAGCCAUUGGCACGUCAUAUAAACAAGUGCAAAGACUUUUCCAUCUUUUGCACUGCUUCAAAGCAGCAGCAGCAGCAGCAGCAGCAGCAGCAGCAGCAGCAGCAGCAGAGAUAUAAAUGAGGAACACAAUAUGUCUUGCUCUCUGUAACAAAUUGUUUCAGAAUCGCGGCUGUGGUCUUCUAAUAAUUGUAGCUGUGGUUUUAUUGACAAUGUUCUUUGUGUAUUGUUUUUUUUCAGUUUUUUAUUUUGUUUUGGGAAGUUGGCAAGCUGUCUAAUUGUCUACAAUCUUGUCCUGGUGUUGGGGGGUGGGGUCAAUUACCUGCAAUGAGAUCAGACCAAUUUAGUCAAACCAAGUAGGAUCACCUGUGAAUGUCAAGUCUUGAAAUGUGUGUCUCUCUCUUGCUAUCAUUUGACUCUGAAGAAGG